AAGUACCGAAUCGGGCCGCGAGCGCGCAGUGGUGAAGCACCGUGCGCGACAGUGCGUGCGUUCCGCCCGUGUUAUCAGCAAAAAUAUGCAAAAGUAUGAGAAGCUCGAGAAAAUAGGAGAAGGCACUUAUGGCACCGUGUUCAAAGCCAAGAAUCGCGAGACACACGAAAUCGUCGCGCUCAAGCGAGUACGACUGGACGACGACGACGAAGGUGUGCCGUCGUCGGCUCUGCGGGAGAUCUGUCUUCUAAAGGAACUCAAACAUAAGAAUAUAGUUCGUCUCUAUGAUGUGCUACACAGCGACAAGAAGCUCACCUUGGUGUUCGAGCACUGUGACCAGGAUCUCAAGAAGUACUUCGAUAGUCUCAAUGGAGAGAUCGAUCUAGACAUCGUUAAAUCAUUCCUAUAUCAAUUGUUAAGAGGACUGGCAUUUUGCCACAGUCGAAAUGUUCUGCACAGGGAUCUUAAACCGCAAAACUUACUCAUCAACAAGAACGGGGAGUUGAAACUCGCUGAUUUCGGAUUGGCAAGAGCGUUUGGUAUCCCUGUAAAAUGUUAUUCAGCAGAAGUAGUUACAUUGUGGUACCGUCCCCCGGAUGUUCUUUUCGGAGCAAAAUUGUAUACAACAUCCAUUGAUAUGUGGAGCGCGGGCUGCAUAUUCGCUGAACUGGCGAAUGCCGGCAGACCGCUCUUUCCCGGAUCGGAUGUAGAUGAUCAACUGAAAAGAAUAUUUAAGAUGUUGGGCACACCAAACGAGGAGACUUGGCCGGACUUGACAACGCUACCCGACUACAAGCCCUUCCCGCAAUACCAUCCCACGCAAGGACUGGCACAAGUUACGCCCAAACUCAGUUCAAGAGGCAAAGACUUACUCCAGAGAUUAUUAGUGUGCAAUCCGGCCCUACGGCUGUCGGCGGAGGAAGCGAUGGCGCAUCCAUACUUCAACGAUUUAAACCCUGCCAUGAAGAACGACCGAUGCCAAUAGCGAAUUCCUAUUAACUUAGACCGACUGAAAGCAUUACGGCACUUACGGCGCUCACGGCGCAGCGAUCAAAAUGGAA